UAAACUAUCGAAUAGACGUAUAAUGACGAGUCUAAAGUCACUCAUUUCGUUCGCCAUAUAUGGAAUUUAUACAUUGUAAAAUUUUAACUGAUAACUCCAUGUGUGUCCAGGAUCUGGGCAAGUAAUUCAAAGUUCAAAGAUAAAUAUCAUAUUAUCCUACGUACAAUUGCAUUUGUUGUACAAACUGUCAUAGGAAGACCAAUGAGGAGUUAGCAAAAACUUUUGCGUAUAUAUAAAUACAUGGACCGUCUACGAUUUCCAUCACUUUAGUUGUUGACGCCAAAAACAAUUAAUUUCUGUUUAAAUUAGGAAAACAUUUUGAAAUUAAAAAUGCGACCUAACGAAAAAUUUGAGCAAAAUGGCAGAAACGGAGAGCACAUUAUUACUAAUGGGUUCUGUAUGCCAAGUUUAAUUAUGAAGAAAAGAGAUGGUGGGAAACUUUCUAGGCACGAAAUUGAAUACUUCAUCCGACAUGUUGUAAAAGGCAAUGUUCAAGAUGGACAGUUAGGUGCCAUGUUAAUGGCAAUGUUCAUCCGAGGUCUUGACGAUGCGGAGACUGCCAGCCUCACACGAGCAAUGACACAUUCUGGAGAUGUUCUCAAAUGGCCAAAAGAAUGGAAAGGUUCUAUUGUCGACAAACAUAGCACAGGUGGUGUUGGAGACAAGGUCAGCUUAGUACUGGCACCUGCACUUGCAGCCUGUGGUGUAAAGGUACCUAUGGUGUCAGGUAGAGGUCUUGGUCAUACAGGUGGAACAUUAGACAAACUUGAAUCUAUACCAGGUUUCAACGUUUCCCUUUCGCAUGAUGAUAUGCUUAAAGUAUUGGAAGAUGUAGGAUGUUGUAUUGUUGGUCAAACAAGCAACCUUGUACCUGCUGAUAAAAUUCUGUAUGCUACACGAGAUGUCACUUCAACCACAGAGUGCAUUGGCCUCAUCACAUCGUCCAUUAUAUCAAAGAAAGUUGCCGAGUCACUAGAUUCGCUGGUGCUAGAUGUCAAGUUUGGCCAAGGGGCGUUCAGCGAUACUGAGGAAAUGGCCAGACAGCUUGCAACAAGAAUGGUAAAGGCUGGUAAUAGAUCUGGUGUCAAAACAGAAGCCUUGUUGACUGACAUGAACUCCCCACUUGGCUACAUGAUAGGAAACGCUCUUGAAGUAGCCGAGUCGAUCGAUUGUCUUCAUGGAAAAGGGCCAAAGGAUCUAACAGAAUUGGUUAAACAAUUAGGAGGGCGAUUGUUGGCCAGUGCCAAUAAAGCUCCAAGCUUAGAAAAGGCAUUCAGCAUGAUUGAUAAGACUUUACAUGAUGGAACAGCCAUUGCCAAAUUUGCUGAUAUGAUGAAAGCACAGGGUGUAAAUGCUGACGUCGCCGACAAACUGUGUGCUAAAGACGCUGACGUUUUUGAAAUAUUGCCAAAAUCCGAACAUACCACAGAACUGAAAGCUAAAACAUCCGGUUAUGUUCAUGGUAUUGAUGCUAUGAAAUGUGCUGUGGUGUCAGGAAAACUCGGAGCUGGUCGAACAAAGGCUGGAGAAGCUAUAAGUCCUGAUGUUGGGCUCACUCUUUCCGUCCAGAUAGGAGACAAAAUUGAAGAAGGCAGCACAUGGGUGACAGUCCAUCACAAUGGCGAGUUACCGAUUGUAUUAUUUGAAAAGAUAAGUGGUGCCAUUGAUAUCAAGCCAGAUAUAAAACAGACAACUGGGAAGGUCCUUGGCGUCAUUACAGAGAAUAUUUCUGAACAAUAAACUUGUGAUUUUUAUCACUUUCGAAUGCAGCUAAACAUUUAUAUAUCAUUUUUAUUUACGCGUUUCCAAGUGGUUGCACACGAUGUACUUUAUUUAAAUGUUAUUGCAUUCAUUAUGGCAGCUUGAAUCUCAUUCCUGUUAAUAAUAUAAUACCAUGUUUCCAAUGGUGUUUUACAAAAAUAAAGGACAUUAUACUAUUUGAAAUUUAUCAACAAUUAUUCAUCCUUGAACAUAGAAACUACAAAUAAAAAAUGUAAGUGUAGUAUGAAAUGGUGAAAAGAAGGUUUAACUACUGUUUGGCGGCAAGGAUGUGACGGUCAGGUCUGCAACGAUCGCAUGGGUAAAAACUGUUACCAUCAGCUGGUUAAGGCCUAAAUACGAAAUCAGUUGUAAUAAAGUAAAUUUAUCACAUUUACGGAUAUCUUUGGUCAUUUUCGAAUAUUUAAUUCUAGAUUUUUGUUGGUUGUGAAAGUAGGUUGCUCAAUAUAUAUUUCAUUUAAUUUACUAUGUAAAUAUGUAGAUAAACAUAUUGAUUAAAGUGCCAUACAAUCCUUACAACGAUUUAUAUGUUUUAUAAGACUUUGUCUUAAAGUAGAGUGACAUUA